GCUAAGGGUACCAGUUGAAGGCUGCUUCCCAGGGCCUUGUCAUUGGGGAAAUCUCAACCCAUGGAGGCUCCUGGCUAGGUGGUGCUUUUGAACAAAUGGAGCUCACAGCAGCACAGCAGAGAGGAAGCAAAUCUCUGAAGCAAAGGAGCUCAGCUCUCUGGAGUUCAAACCUCUUGAGGGCAAUGAGGGUUAAGUGACUUGCCCAGGGUCACACAGCUAAAUCUUAAGAAAUGAACUUUAAUGUCUGGAAUAUCAAAGAGAUGCUCAGUGUUCCCCCAGGUCCAGGGACCAAUAAAUCAUCUAGUUGGAAUAACAGUCUUCAUGAUUGCUCCAGCCUUACUGAUUCCCAGUUCCUCUUUGGGUCCCAGUUCUGUCCGGAGAAUUCACAAUCACUUUCAGCAUCUUUGGACUUCAAUGCCCACUCCAGACAUGCCAAAACUUCACAACAGCCCUCUGAGGAUAGUGAACCUAGUAUUUUCACAAAGUAUCAAGCAAAACCCCAACUGUUUGGGGGAGAUGGAAAGGAUGGACACUUACUUAUUCCUCAUUUGCCUAUUGGAAAAUCAAAAGGUAUCUUGGAACAGUUUGAGGAGAAUAAGAAGAGAGCACAAGAUAAACAGGACAGGUAUGCAAACAUACGCAAAGAAAGUGAGGCUCUAAACAACUUCAUUUCCUAUGUCAGAGAAAGCAUGCACAGGUUGCAAACAUCUGUGGAAAAGUUGGAAGAAGAACUUAGUUCAAGAAAUCAGUCCAUUUUGGAUUCACUGGAAGCAGUUGCUAAGAAAUUGCAAGAGAGUGCCCAAGCACACUGUAACUUAUUGUUAGAGACACUUGGAGACAAAAGCAGAAUGGAGCAGAGAGCCCUGGAGAUGGAGAAGCAACUUGAAACUAGAGAGGCAGAAUUUUUAGAUAUGAAAUCCAGUCUGAAGCAUCUUGAAGUCCUAGCAGCUGAACAGAGCAGACAGCACCACAGGCUGUGUGACCAAUUGGAUCAAUUCAACUUCCCCAAUGUCUUAGCUGAAACGCAGUCACUUGGUUCAGAAGCUCAGUUGCCCUUCCAUGUGGAUGAUGGAGAUUCCCAGAUCUUUCCAGCUCUACUCCAGGCCUCCAGUCUCACCAGGAAAGGGAAACCAAUCUCAGAGUCACCAGAUAGAGGUGAAACCAUCAUGCUCCUUCCCCACCUGAAUCCCCUCACAUCAUCACACCAAUGUGGAAAAUGUAGUGCCGACAAGCAAGAAGCUGAGGAUGAAACUCACAGGCUCGAUAGAAACGCUAGAAACGCAGCUACUUUUUGGCUUGACAAGGGAAAUCGGAGUGUAAAGGAUGAAGCUGUACAGACUGAUUUAGAGCCUCAGGCUCCUGCUAAGAGGUUGUCUGACAACCGUGACUCCAGUAGCAAGAUUUAUGGGGAUCGCUGCAAAAGAGACUUGAUGGUUCAAGAAACGUCUCAAUUUUCAUCCAUGACUGUGAAGGACUUGGUCACUAAGGCCAGGCCCACAUGUAUUCUGCAAGAGUAUCAACCAGCAGCUCUAUGUCGUACUAACACACAUGAUCAAAAUACAGUUCUUGAACAGACAGGCAAGAGUAUAGAACUAAGAAAAAGAGUGAAGAGGAAAAAGCCCAGGAAAGUUCGAAGAGGCCCAUUUAUAAGAAGGAAGAGUUCAGGCCUUUCAAGAAAUACCUUUACUUUCUGCUCAAGCGUAGAAGAUCCUCAAUCUGAGGAACAUGAUGUGUUUCUGGGUCAAGUGGAGAGCCCCAGGCAACCCUUGCCCCUGCUGUGUCCCUCCAAAACUCUCCAGCCUGUAGUGAAAGGUCGAGGCAGGGCAGAGAAGGCAGAAAGGGCAGAUAGCCCCCCCAAAGCAGCAAAUAGCUUCUUCCUCUGUGAUUACUCCUCUCCCUUUCCAAACAGCACUGAGGGGGAUAAGCAGAUGAAGUGGUUCAGUGAUCUCAAUUUUGACAACUCAGGCAGCCCUAAUGCCAUGGAAACCAAGGAAAGCACAUUUUAUGCCGUUGCUUUUGACAGUAGUGAUGAUGAUGGAGACUAAGCCUUCUUUAGGACUCGUCACCCAUCAUUCCUGAAGAAGUAGCUGUGACAAUCACUCUCUUUUUCUAGCUGGGAGAGCAGGGUGAAAUAUGUCACUCUGAGCCUUGUCUUACAGCCAGAAGAAGACUCAGGAAGACGCAUGCCCAAAUGAAAUGGCCUUGGAGCCAUGUCUGAAGAACUCAGCCUCUUUAUUCUCCCUCAGACUGCCAAGUAGCCAAAAAGUUUGGCCACAAGUUUGUAACAUCUCUGUGGCUGAGACUUCCUUGGAAACCAAAUGUUGGGGGCAGCUAGGUGGCACAGUGGAUAGAGCACUGGCCCUGGAAUCAGGAGUACCUGAGUUCAAAUCUGGCCUCAGACACUUAACACUUACUAGCUGUGUGAC